AUGACCGACGUGCUCGCAGAGAUCAACGGUAUUAAGCCCAAAGUUGUGCUCAUCGACGGCGAAGACGUAGAGGUCGCGUCACAGACGAGCACGUCGAAGUAUAAGGCCAAGAGGACCAUGGACCAUUACUAUUGUACUUGUCCGGCAUGGAGAAACCAGUCUGGCGCACCGACUGACGCGCGCAGCUGCAAGCACCUCAAACAGCUUCUCGGCGAAGCGUACGAGGAGGCCCGCUGCGAACGCGCCGACCCCGUAGGCUACGCCGCACGUGCCGCAGGGAAAGGAACGGGGAAGAAAGGCAAGGCUGCACCGAAGACAGCGAAGCCCGCUGGCAAAGCCGCACCUGCGUCCAAGAGCAAGCCGGCCUCGAAAAGCAAGUCCGCGUCGAAUGCCAAGCCAGCCUCAAAGGCCAAGCCUGCAUCUAAUAAGAGUGCUGGGUCGAAGCGCAAGAAGGACGACGUCGAUGACGAUGAGGACGACGAAGAGGAGGAAGAGGAAGCGAAGGGUGGUAGGCGUUCGAAACGUGCGAAGAAGGCCGACGACGAGGACGACGAGGAGAACGAUGAUAACACGAAGUACGACGUUAUGCUCGCUAACAAGUGGGACAUUGAUAAUGGUCCCGACCCCACUGGAUGGUGGAUCUCUGAGAAGCUUGAUGGCGUUCGCGCGUAUUGGACCGGUAAAGCUUUCAAGAGCCGCCUCGGCAACAACUUUGUCGCGCCGAAAUGGUUCACGGACAAGCUUCCUAGCGAUAUUACACUCGAUGGAGAGCUCUUCACCGGACGUGGAAAUUUCCAAGAUACGGUGUCCAUCGUCAAGACGAUGAACUCGCCCAAGUGGAAGAGCGUGACGUUCCAGAUCUUCGACAUACCCUCUUCCGGAGACAAGGUCUUCGAGGCGCGCAUGGCGGAGAUAAAGAAGCUGUUUGGCCCUGGCGGACAGUACGCGUGCGAUGAAGUCGUCGUUGUGGCCCAUGAGCAGGCGCAAGAUCGUCAGCAUGUCCUGGACAAGUUGAAAGAGGUUCAGGAGCUGGGCGGUGAGGGGUUGAUGUUGCGCAAGCCCGGCUCGCAAUACGAAGCUCGGCGUACAGCAUCUCUCCUGAAGGUCAAGACGUUCUUUGACGCCGAAGCCGAAGUCAUCGGAUACGUGAAAGGCAAGGGCAAACACGUUGGCUCAACCGGCUCGCUCACAUGCAAGAUGGAGUCCGGGAAGACCUUCAACGUCGGUACGGGCCUUAGCGACAAGCAGCGCAAGAACCCUCCCAAAAUCGGCUCUAUCAUCGUUUAUCGCUUUCAAGAGCUUACUCGGGACAAAGUUCCACGCUUUCCCUCGUUCCAGGGCAUCGCCGCUGACAAAGUCAAGGCGAAGGACGCGGAGAUUCCGCCCAAGAGGGCCAUGGAUCCCUCGGGCGACGUGUAG